AUGGUAAUGAUCUGUGUUUUGAUUAAAAAAAACAGAUCAGUGACGAGGAAGACCAACCUGCUCCAGACUUUUCCUUGGUCUCAUAGUCUAGAUACUACUCCUCCUGCUCCAGACUUUGAAUGUCCCCCUGAUCUGCAUUUGGUGGCUUCUCCAACCUGUCACCACCACAUGCAAAAAAACUGUCACAAGUUAACUCCAAAUAAGAGGAAAUUGCAUGGCAUCGGCUUGAUCAUCUUCAGCCAGCAAGCAAUGAGGUAUGGAGUUGCUGGUCUCAAGUUGUAUAUGGUGGCACCUUUUCUUGCUUGA